GAUCAUCCUGCGUUACAUACUAACGUACAGUGUACAACUCGUGUAUUCUACGUAGUUCCAAGAGAGAUGGCAGAAGUCGCACCCGCUCCCGCCGCCGCGCCGGCCAAAGCGCCCAAGAAGAAAGCAGCUCCGAGAGCAAAAAAAGCCGGCCCUAGCGUCGGCGAGCUGAUCGUCAAAGCCGUUUCCUCGUCUAAGGAGAGGAGCGGCGUGUCUCUCGCUGCUCUGAAGAAAGCGCUGGCUGCCGGCGGAUACGAUGUGGAGAAGAACAACUCCCGCGUCAAGAUCGCCGUUAAGGGUCUCGUGACUAAAGGCACUCUGGUGCAGACCAAAGGGACCGGCGCGUCUGGCUCUUUCAAGCUGAACAAGAAGCAGACCGAAGACAAGAAGCCCGUGAAGAAAGCCGCGCCCAAAGCGAAAAAGCCCGCCGCGGCUAAGAAGCCCAAGAAGGUAGCGGCCAAGAAACCCGCCGCCGCGGCCAAGAAGUCUCCUAAGAAGGCGAAGAAGCCCACAGCCGCCGCAAAGAAAGCCACCAAGAGCCCGAAGAAGGCGAAAAAGCCCGCGACCCCUAAAAAGGCAGCCAAGAGCCCCAAGAAAGCGAAAGCUGUCAAGCCCAAGACCGCAAAGCCUAAAGCGAAGAAGGCAGCACCCAAAAAGAAGUAAAGACGUUUGUUUCUUUCAUGCUUUUGUUCCUUAAACGGCUCUUUUAAGAGCCACCCAUAUUUUCCUUUAAAGAGCGACAAUUCAUUUUCAGUCAAGCUUUAUGGAAUCAAAGCAAUACACGUUAGAAACAUUCAAUAGUAUGGAUACACAUAUCUGCUACAUAUGUACACAUAACCACACGCUCAUACUGAUUUUAGUACAGUAGGAUAGAAUCCUGAUCUUGAUUCCUAAACGUCAUUCCUGAUCUCCAAAACGAUCACAGAAUAUGUAGGAUAACAUAUUGAUACAUAAUAAAUCAAUGUUAAUGAUAAGAAUAAAUAAAUUCAGUAUAUAGUUGUUACUUCGUGCUUUUGUAUGAAUAUUCCCUUCUGUCUGUUUUCAUUCGCGCGCUCGCUCUCUCUCUCACCCACACACGCACAAACAGGGGUGGGAGGGGUGACGCUGGAAUUCGACGGCCUGUUUUUGAUUGGCUAAU